UUUUUUAACCCCGGAGCCGCCCAGAAUAGCCACCCAAAUUGCAAUCUUUGUUUCUCUCUCUUCCCAUUCUCUCUCUCUCAAAAAAAAUAAAAAAAUAUCUAUCAAAAUACAUCCACGCAUACACAAGAAUUUUUCCCAUCCCAAAACCAUGCCCCUCCAUUCACCAUUCACCGAGCGAAUCCCAUAAAAACAACACCCACAGUACCAUCAUCAUCAUCAACAACAACAAAACGGAUGAACCCAACCUUCUCCCUUCCCUCACUAUUCCAUCUCUCUCACUUUUCCCUUUAACAAUCCCUCUCCCUUUCUCUCUCUCUCUCUCUCUCUCUCUCUCUUGCUUAGCAAUAACUUACAACCACCAACCCUAGAGAGCGUUGAGGCGACAGCACAGUACAUCAGGAACAGCAAACUCUAUCUAUUUUACAAGGAAACAAAUAACAGUAACAGUUACUAGCACCAUCACCAGCACCACCAUGUCCCUUGAAGAGUCGCUAAGAUCUCUUUCUCUGGAUUACCUCAACCUCCUCAUCAACGGGCAGGCCUUCAGCGACGUCACUUUCAGCGUGGAGGGUCGUCUGGUCCACGCGCACCGCUGCAUACUCGCGGCGAGGAGUCUCUUCUUCAGAAAAUUCUUUUGUGGGCCGGACCCACCGUCCGGCCUCGACCCCACCGGACCGCGAGGAGUUAACUCCUCGCGAUCCGGAGGGGUCAUCCCAGUCAACUCGGUUGGCUACGAGGUCUUUCUCCUCAUGCUCCAGUUUCUAUACAGUGGCCAAGUCUCCAUCGUGCCUCAGAAGCACGAGGCCAGGCCCAAUUGCGGCGAGCGGGGAUGCUGGCACACGCAUUGCACCUCCGCCGUCGAUCUCGCCCUCGACACCCUCGCCGCCGCUAGAUACUUCGGGGUCGAACAGCUCGCAUUACUCACUCAGAAACAACUGGCGAGCAUGGUAGAGAAGGCUUCAAUAGAGGAUGUAAUGAAAGUGCUGUUGGCAUCAAGAAAGCAAGACAUGCAGCAACUAUGGGCAACAUGUUCCCACUUGGUGGCAAAAUCAGGUCUUCCUCCAGAGGUUCUAGCAAAGCACUUACCAAUAGACAUUGUGGCGAAAAUCGAAGAGCUCCGUCUCAAAUCCUCCCUGGCACGCCGCUCAUUGGUGCCUUCUCACCACCACCAUCACCACCACCACCACCACCACGCGGCGGCGGCACUCGACCUCGAGGACCAGAAAAUCCGGCGAAUGAGGCGCGCCCUGGACUCCUCCGACGUUGAACUGGUGAAGCUAAUGGUAAUGGGAGAAGGCCUAAACCUCGACGAGGCUUUGGCCUUACCCUACGCAGUGGAGAAUUGCAGCAGAGAAGUGGUGAAGGCCUUACUGGAGCUUGGUGCAGCCGACGUUAACUACCCGUCGGGUCCCGCCGGGAAGACGCCGCUCCACAUUGCGGCGGAGAUGGUGUCCCCCGAUAUGGUGGCGGUGCUUCUUGACCACCACGCGGACCCCAACGUCAGAACUGUCGAUGGGGUCACCCCUCUAGACAUCCUCAGAACCCUAACCUCGGAUUUCCUCUUCAAGGGUGCUGUCCCCGGAUUGACCCACAUCGAGCCCAACAAGCUGAGGCUGUGCUUGGAGCUUGUUCAAUCCGCGGCUCUCGUCAUGUCGCGAGAAGAUGGCAAUAACGCCAACAACAACAACAACAACAAUGCUACUAAUAAUUCAGCAGCACCCAUUUACCCUCCACCAAUGAACGAGGAUCACAACAACAACAGCAGCAGCAGCAGUGGCAACAACAACAACAACAUUGGUAACCUUAACUUGGAUUCGAGGUUGGUGUAUCUCAACCUUGGUGCCACCGCUUCAAUGAGUUCAAGGUUGGAUAAUGCUGAGGACGAGAGAGAAGCCAUGAACCAAACCAUGUACCAUCAUCACCACUCUCAUGACUACUAGUAGCUGCUGCUACUGAAUCUAAACUUUCCACAUACAUCACUGAUAUAUAUAUAUAUAUAUAUAUAUAUGAUUUAAGGUUAUUUCAAUUGCCACGAACGAUGGAGACUAUGGAAAAUUUGAAGAGGGAGAAGGAGGAGAAUUGAUGAAUAUGGAGGGACCCUAUUGGAUUUGGAUGAUGGAUGGAGCGUAAAAGACUCUUCUUUUGUCACUUGGAAGAAUAGACUGGUAUUCACUGCCCUUCUAAUUUUUCUGUCUUGACUCUAUGGUAUUUUGUUGGGUUUUUUUUCUUUCUUUUUUAGUUUUUUGGGGUUUAGGCUCUUCAAAUGGUCACCAUUUGAAGUGCGGUUUCAUGGGAGAUUGGGAUAAGAGACAGGGAGAAUCUAAUCGGUUCAAUUUUUUUUAUUUUUUUUUAGUUUUUCUGUGAAACGAAUGGGUGCAUGGAGGAGACGCAGGUCAAUCUUUUCAAAUCCUCCUUCACCUGUCAACUCCUUAAUUUGUAUUUACUGAUCCGUAGCUAAUAUCACGGCCUAUUUAUUGUGAUCGCUUUACAAUUUCAGA